GAGAAUAAAGGUAAUGAUUAAUCUAUCAGGCACAAAAAGGACCAUUUGGGGGAUUUCAGGUUCUAAUUUGCGAAUUCCAACAAAUAGCAGCGAACAGAGAACGACGGGUCCACCAGAAGAGGAUUAAGUCACAGCCUCUAAUUGGGACAGCAUUUGUACAGUCAGAGAACCUCACCAGACAUCUCCAGGAAUCCGUGAGCAGUUGUCAAAAUUUCUGUUUUCUCGUGCGUGUGAAGGUGGGGAACAGAACAGGCAGGUAUUAGUGGAAACAGUCGUCAUCCGAGAAGCCCCACGAUGCAUCCUGAGAAAGGAGAGGAGAGGAAAAGCUUGAAGCAGAGACUGGCCUUGAAGAGGAGCUUAGCGAAAGAAACACUGGCCGAGUUCUUGGGCACGUACAUCAUGGUCGUCCUUGGAUGUGGCUCUGUUGCCCAAGCUAUCCUCAGCCGAGGUCUUUUUGGAGGAAUUGUCACUAUCAAUGUUGGAUUUGCAAUGGCAGUCGUAGUGGCCAUUUAUGCAACUGCAGGUAUCUCCGGUGGCCACAUCAACCCAGCUGUGUCUUUUGCACUGUGUGUCUUUGGACGGAUGAAGUGGUUCAAAUUGCCAUUUUAUAUGGGAGGCCAGUUCUUGGGAGCCUUUGCAGGGGCGGCAACCCUCUUCGGCAUCUACUAUGAUGGACUUAUGUCUUUUGCUGGUGGAAAAUUGCUCAUCACGGGAGAAAAUGCAACAGCGCACAUUUUUGCAACAUAUCCAGCUCCAUAUCUAUCUGUGGUGAAUGCAUUUGCAGACGAAGUAGUGGCCACCAUGUUACUCAUCACAGUCGUCUUUGCCAUUUUUGACUCCAGAAACAUGGGAGUCCCCAAAAGCCUACAGCCUAUUGUCAUUGGCCUCCUGAUUGUUUCCAUUGCUUGCUCUUUGGGACUGAACAGUGGCUGUGCCAUGAAUCCAGCUCGAGACCUGAGUCCCAGACUUUUCACAGCCUUGGCAGGAUGGGGGUUUGAGGUCUUCACAGCUGGAAACAACUUUUGGUGGAUUCCUGUAGUGGGUCCUUUGGUCGGUGCUGUCAUUGGAGGCCUCAUCUAUGUUCUUCUCAUUGAAAUCCACCAUCCAGAUCCUGACCCAGACAUCAAGGCAGAACAAUCUGAGGACAAACCAGAGAAAUAUGAACUUAGUGUUAUAAUGUAGUGGUGUGCUCAGUUCUGGAUGUGUACUUAAUAGUUUCUUCAGGAAAGACGGCAUCCAAGUUUCUGUGUUUUUGUAAGAAUGAGGUGGAACCAGCCCAAUUUUCCCUGCUAGCCAUGUGGGACACCUGAUUGGAAAAACAUCCUAAUGAAGCUUUGGAAAUGCUGACCUCUCCUCUACCAGUUUCCCACCAGAAUAGCACUGACUGGCCCCUGAAACCACCUUCCCUAAUGCCCUGUUUAUUUCAUCCUUGAUGAAAAUUCUUCUUACUAGGUGAACACUAAUAACUUGGAACCUCGACCACGGCCUUAUUUGGAUGGUCUCAGCUCCAUUAUCUACAUGAAAGUGUCGUCAAAACCCUCUUUUUCAGUGUCUACAAAGAUUACCUUCUAAGUAUCAACCAAAAUCUAAACUGAAAGAAAAAACCAUGGUUUCAGUCAACAAAUCCAUGAAUUAGGGAGCUAAUGGGUUAAGUCUCUAGUUAUGUUGUGCUAUUGUAUUUGUAUAAAUACUGAUAUUUUCCAAACCUAUGGAUGUAGGAACCAAUAGAAUGUAGCUGGAAAGCAAAGGGGAGGAUAUUGUGGCAUUCAGAAACCUUAGGAGACAAGAUAAAUUUGGGAAACCAAAUGGAAUUUUUUAAUGGAAACCAUUUACUAGAUUAAUCUCUUGCUCUUCUGUAUUUUAGAGGGCACCAAUUAAUUUCCUGGUCUUUAGUAUAUAAUAACCUAAAAUACAAUUGUAACUCUCAGUCAUGAAAAAUGCAUCACUCUGUCUUUUCAGCUCAAAUUCAUUUUCCUGAUUGCCCACUUGAGAGCAGGCAUUUGACAAGUUAUGCCAAUGGCUGCACUCAUCCGUCAUUCUACACAUGCCCUAGAUACCCAAACGGAAAGCCACUGGAUCCUGGGCUAGCAGAAUCUUUAGGGUGGAAGGUCCCUGGAAAGAUUAUACUAACUUUUGGGGCUUUACAAUUCACAAAGCACUUUCACGCAUAUUAUCUAAUUUCAUCCUCAUAAUGAUUGUAAUACCGUGUUGCCCAUUUUAAAGACAAAGAAACAAAAUCUCCAGGGAGUCGAGUUGUCCAAGAUCACAUGGAAAGUUGAACAUUGUCCAAUGCCUCCUUUCACUUUUCAGAAGAUCAAUAACUGGCUGAGAAUCUUUGCCAACCGUUCCUGGCUGGCCAGAAGAAGUGGAAUUGGCAGCUUCCAGAACAUGUAUACCUUCUGGACAUAAUACUCCCGGAUCUUAAGAUAUGAAGACUUUCAUUGUCUGGGUUUAUUCCCACUGUUACUGAAGCACUAAGAAAGAAAAGUGGUAACAAUCUGAUCAUAGCUUUCAUUUGCUAAAAAACAUUAUCAGAAGACCUGCCUUACUAAGCCACCCUUGGUCUUGCUAAGUCUUAAUGUCCCUUCCCUGCCAAUCUCAAACAUUACAUUCAGGGAGUUUCUUCUUCCUUAGUCUCCUCCCUGUAAAGUUCUCUAAUUGAUGUUACUUUUGACAAAAGAGUCUCUGUGAGUCACAAGCACCAGAGGACUUGCUUUACAUCAAGGGAUGCACCAUCAGUCAUACUGCCAAGCCCAACAAUCCCAAAGACAUCCAGUUUCCCAACUGCUUUGUAUUGGUAACAGAACAACCAAACAUAAAUGUGAAAUGUUUCUGAUGGUCUAUAGUCUACAAUCUAUGGACAUAUGGGAUUAUUUUCUUGCUCGGAAGCUACCUAGAUAUUUCCUAUUUGAAAUAAAAUUAUUGGGUCCUCA